UGUGAGUUUCUAUGUACUUCUGUAUUCUGUGACUAUACUAAGUGAUUUUAGAACUCACAUGAUUGAUUAAAUUCUUACAAACUUGAAGACACAUUACGAUAUCCGACAGAAACAGUAACAAUAAUAGUUUCCAGUACACAAAAAAUCAUGCCUGCAACAAGAGAAAUGGUUGAUCAAUUGAUCGCUUCAGAUCAGAUUGUUAUAUUCUCCAAAAAGAUGUGCCCAUAUUGUAAAAUGGCAAAACAGAUAUUUGAUUCGCUAAACAAAAAAUAUACUGCCAUUGAAUUGGAUGAAAGAGAUGACGCAAAUGAAAUCCAAUCGAUAUUGGAAGAAAUAACAGGUGCGAGAACAGUUCCAAGGAUAUUUGUUAAAGGAGAAUGUCUUGGAGGAGGUACUGAUGUAAAGAAGCUUUAUGGUACCGGAGAAUUACAAAAAAAAUUAUAAAUUAUUACUAAAAACCAUGUACCUGGUAUUUUUAAUUAAAACGUACUUAUGAUUAUAAUUUUUUUGCUACAUAUUCUAUUCUCUGUUGCAUAAUAAUAAUAACUGAAUUCUAUAUAUAACAGCAAUUUUAUCAAAUACAUUGAUUUAAAAAGCAAAA